GUAUUCCGUUGCCAGUACUUUAAGUACACCUGUCAAGUGUGACAUGAAUUCUCACUCAAAUAUCACAUGCCAAUUUGAUCGAUAACGUAGUUGGACAGUCAGAACGAAAUGGGUAUUUUCUUUUCCAAGAAAAAACCACCGAGUCGCGUAACCGAACAAGACAAAGCUGUACUGCAAUUAAAACAAACCAGGGAUAAGAUUAAACAGUAUCAACGAAAAAUCGAGCAAACGCUUGAAAAAGAACGAUUACUUGCAAAGAAACUUAUACAAAAUGGGCAAAAGGAUCGAGCUUUACUUUUGUUACGGAAGAAGAAGUUCCAAGAACAACUAUUAUCAAAGACCGAUGGACAUCUUGAAAACCUUGAACGCAUGGUGCAUGACUUAGAGUUUGCACAAGUAGAAUUAAAGGUUGUGGAUGGAUUAAAAGUGGGCAAUACUGCAUUGAAAAAGUUACAUGAGUUGCUAUCAAUUGAUGAAAUUGAGAAAAUUAUGGAUGAGACCAAUGAAAGCAUAGAAAAACAGAGAGAAAUAGAUGAAGUACUAUUGGGAGCUCUUACGCAAGAGGAUGAGAGUGAAGUUGAAGCAGAACUUGAUGCUCUUUUAGAAGCUGAAGUUAAAGAAAAAGCACCAGAAGUACCAGAAGACAUAACAUUGCCAGAGGUACCAGAAGAAUUACCAAGCAAGGAAAAAGAGCGUACAAAAAAGAAAGUGCCAGAAGCUGUUGCUCUAGACGCAUGAAGAGGUAUUAAAUACCAUUAUUGAAAUUUGUACUUUAUUGGCACUUUACACAGAGAUCUAUGUAUAUAUGUACAGUACCUUGUAUGUAAGGUUCAGCGUGAAAUUUAAUUCACACUCUAGAAGACUGUUUUCCAUUACACAGUACAUGUACAUGAUUUUAAUAAGUAAACAAUGGUUCUGAAGCAGUGGGUAUAGGAUUCAGGUAAAUGUAUAUUCUUAUUUCACAUAUUAUGUAUGUUGUGUACGGUUUACAACAUUAAUUACAUUUGUACUACCUUAUACUGUACAAGUUAGUUUUUAUUUUAUUAUUGACCUCUCUUAUACCCGUAUAGAUAUACA